AUGUCUACAGCUCUGAGCAAGCGUCAGCAGGCGCGCAACGAGAAGACGCUGAAGGAGCUCGUGCAGAAUGUAGCUGGAAACAAUAUUUGCGCUGACUGUCACGCCCGCAACCCUGCUUGGGCAUCUUGGAGUUUAGGAGUCUUCCUCUGCAUGCGAUGUGCGGCUAUCCAUCGCAAGCUGGGGACGCACAUUUCAAAAGUCAAGUCAUUGAGCAUGGACAGCUGGUCGAACGAGCAGGUCGACAACAUGCGCAAGGUUGGCAACGUGGUGUCGAACCAGAUCUAUAACCCCGAACGAAAGAAGCCACCUGUAUCAGUCGACGUGGACGAGGCCGACUCGGCAAUGGAGCGCUUCAUCCGAGCAAAGUACAUGAACAACAAUGCCGGUACAAGCCAGGGUGGAAAACACACGAGGCCGCUCUCCGAUGAAGGCGUACCGCCCCCUCUGCCGCCAAAGAACUCUUCCAAGUUCAGCCUCCGCUCGGCUGCGUCAAUUUUCCCCUCGCGACUGCGAAAGGACCCUACGCCCUCUCCCACCAUCGACAACAGACCAUCCUCGCAUGGCUCGGCAGGCAAGGUGACGCGUGUAUUUGGCGCUUCCGUCAACUACGAUGACGGCGACGACAUGGAGAGGAAGUUGGCAAAGAUGCGCGACAUGGGGUUCAACGACGCGCAGCGCAACGCCAUUGUGCUCAAGGGGGUGAACGGCAACCUGGAGCGCGCAAUCGAGUCCAUGGUGCGACUUGGCGAAAGCGGUCGUAAGUCGCCUGCCCCGGCGCCACCUCCGCACGAUGGGACUUUGCGCACAUCCAAGUCGAUGACACCUUUGGGCGGAGGCGUUGGUCUAUCUCUCAAUGGUCGGAGUGGCAGCACCUCACCAAGGGUCCAGUCGAACAACCCCUUUGAUGCCAUGUCGCUGCCAGCACCGCUUCAAACGGCCCAAUCUACCGGCAAUCUCCAAACCAACAACCCGUACCAGCAGUCUUACCAUCAGUCUUCAAACCCUUUUCAGGCGCCACAGCAGCAGACGGAUCAUUUCGCGCAAGCCUUUCAACAGCUUGACAUCUCGUCCGCCCACCAGCCGCAGCCUCUGUUUCCCAAUAGGACAGGUGGGCUGACACCCCAGGCCGUGAACCCUCCUCAGUUCCCACCACAUAUGGCUCCCUCAGCCCCGGCAAGCCCUCACUUAUAUCAACAGAUGGGCUUCCAGGCUGUGUCCUACCCACAAGCCGCGCCCUUGCAGCAACAAGCGACAGGGUACAAUCCAUUCCUUCCCAACACUCCGAACAGUGCCCAGUCACCCCAGACUCAGUACCAGUAUCCUCCGCCGCAUAACCAAUAUGUCAAUACUGGAAGUGUGCCACAGCAGUACCAGCAACAGCAACAACUAUUACAAGAGCAACAUACCCCCACAAGCAAUCCUUUCGGGCCCCGUUCGCCUACAAGAGUGGCCUCCCCAACUGGUCUGGGCCAGAUCCCUGAACAAACACAAACGUCCUACCAGAGCGCAGUUUACCAGAGUCCAGCGGCCAUGCCACCUCAAGCGGGGGCAAACAACCCAUUCUUCACGAGCCCUGCAGAGACGUCAACCCAGAUGUACGGCCAGCAAGGGUACUAUCAGCCGCCCAGGCAAGAUAAAGCGUCCAUUAUGGCGCUAUACGGACUUGGUGGGCCCCAACAGUCCAUGUCCACUGAUACCACGCACUCGCCACCCAUCCAGUCGCAAUCGAUUCCGGAGGAUCAUCCUGUGCCACCACAGCAACACCAAGAACCACCUCCUCAGGCAGCGCCACAGAGGAACGCGACCCAGCCUCUGCCGCAGACAACCAGCAACAACCCAUUCAUGCCCAAGCCGGCGGCAGCUGCUGUUGCGCCCAGCGACCCAUUUUCGUCGAAACGGAGUCGCGAAAGCGUGAAUCUAGGUAUGGACAUGGCUUGGACUAAUGGGCGGCACAGUCCAGACGCAUUCGCAAGCUUGAGCGCGCGCCACGGUUGA